UGCUUCUGAGGACCAGAAGGAGGGUUUUGCGUGCACAGAGAAGCUUCUCUGAGCUGCCGAGGCACUAACAAUGGACACUCAGAAAGACGUUCAGCCCCCAAAGCAGCAGCCGAUGAUAUAUAUUUGUGGAGAGUGUCACACCGAAAAUGAAAUAAAGUCCAGGGAUCCAAUCAGAUGCAGAGAAUGUGGAUACAGAAUAAUGUACAAGAAGGGGACUAAAAGAUUGGUGGUCUUUGAUGCUCGAUGAAAAGUGGGGAUUCAGGAGUGUCUUCAUUCAUACAUUUGCCCCCACUGAUGUUUCUCGUACAGCUUUUGACUUAGCUUACUUAGGACUACAACUGUAAACCUAUGGUUUCAUUUUAGAAAUGUGAUUGUAUUUUGAUACUUUGUAUAAAGGAAUUUUUGGUUUAGCAUACAGCUUUUAAUUUAUUGUGCUCUUAAUCUCUCACGCAAUGAAGAUGAAAAUUGUUUCCCCAAA